UUGAGUGAAUACCUAAGCGAAUUCUAGAUACAAUCAUACUAGGCGUUGUUGACCUAGCGUAUUUUAGAGACAAAUUGGCCUGGGAACGAGGCUAUAGCUGCCCCACAAACUUAAUACGUUGCGUUUUGGGAGAGCAUUAAUUCAUUAUCCUCGAGACAGAACUGUAAAUUAGUUUAGAUUCGAGGUAGGGACCGCUAUUUAGCUGCGGCUACUUUCUAAAAUACAACCACCUCGCUAUAUAUUUCGGCCAAGCUGUACUAUCCUAAGGGUAACCGGAUUAUAAUUUGAGUCUACUGUAUAUGCAGUAUAGUUAUAACCAGGAGUGCAUGAAUAUAACAUAACAACUCAGUUGGAUGAAUGGGCCUGUAGCCGCCUGUUUAAUAUUGUUGCUUCCCACUUUAUACAUAAAAUUGCCAAACCCUGUAAAUCUACAUGCAUGCAUUUAAUAACUACAUGUAAAUACUGUAUUAUAGCUGAUUAUACCAACAGUGUUGCCCACUAUGCAUGCCCAUAGUAGUUACACAGCAUAAUUAUAUAUGUAAUUGUAUUCAUUGCAUAGAGUCUAUAUAUAGGUCUACUAGGUGUCUACACUAUUGAUAGCUAGUAAAAUUUCGCAAUCCUUUCUUAGUACCAACUUUUGUAUCCGACACUGCAAAUAGAGCAACAACACUAUACAAAAUGGCUAUGCCCCUGGUCACCCUGCCUGAUGCUGAGGAGGGUCCUAUCACUGUAACAACACCCAUUACUGACAUCAUUCCAAAGACCGCAGCAAGCAGUAAAUGGAGAAUCCUUGUGUAUGGUAUUAAUGAGUCUGGUCAACAAGAGGCAAAUGAGCACCAUAUGCAUCUCCUGAGUGGUAUUCUUGGGGAAAAAAUCACUCCUGAGGAGCUAACCUUUCCAAAUUUUCACUUUCCAAGAAAUGGUGUUACGGUGACAGUCCGUAUAGGAUCUCAUUCUGAUUGCAAAAUAUCUCAUGACGAAGUCGAUUUGAUGGUGUACUUCAUCUCUGUGAAUAGAAAAAUCGUCAACCACUCCCAUGUAGUUAAAAUAGGAGAGAUCACGACUGCACGCAGAGCUAUGGUCUGGAAGCACUCUGUUAUUGUGUUUACUGGUGUUGAUGUCAUUGCUGACGCGUAUGCACUAAAGACUGGAGAUGUAGAUACACGAUUGGAGGGAAUACUGGACUCUUGGACCACUACAGUUCAACAAGCUCUUGACUCAGCAAUCGGCAACGAAGUAGGUAUCAAACCAGAAGAAGUGUUGAUACGACCAGCAGGACGACAAAAUCAGCUCGAUCUACCAAUUCCACAUACACAAUGGUUUUCACUUCUUUGGUUAGGAUGCUUUCUGUCAUCUAAAGUCAACUCGAUACCUGCCAUUCUAAAGGUGGCUCAAGGCAGGAUAGCAAACAUCGUGAAGGAUAGUGACAUAGACCACUUACAGUUGUUCGAGCAACAUAUUCAAGUCAAAGAAAAUAGUAUACAGCUCUCCCAGAAUAAGAGAAUCGAUCUCGGUUCAGCUAUUGCCGGUGCUGCUGUUGUUGGAGCCACAAUCGGUGCUGUUAUCGGUACAUUGGCAAUUGGUGUUCCUUCGUUUGGAGUAGCUGCUGGUACUGGGCUUGUACUGGGAGCAGUUAUUGGAGGAGGAUUUGAAGUUAGCAUUGCAGGUGCUGCUCUGGGUGGGAACUACAAGGUGGCACAGGAUAAGCAGAUGGAAGAAAUUGAUGCUUCUGAGCUGAAGCUCUAUUACGCUGAGUUUCUAUCUCGAAUUCCAAAAAUGAGUGCGUAUCUGACAACAUGGGCUGAAAAACAACUCAAUUGCAAGAUCGUUGUUACUGGUGUGAAAGGUGAAGGUGUCUCCACAGUAGCAGCUGCACUAAUAGGUAAACCACCCCGAGAAAGUGGCUCAGGUCUUUAUCUGCAGCAAGUUAUCCGUAUGAAAGCAAAUCUGCUCGUUUAUGAUUUCCAGGGUUUUCCAAAAGUGGGAGACAAGCAACUUAAGGCAAAAGAGCUAGUUGAGUUUCAAAAACAAAAAAAAUACUCACCUGCUAGUAUUUUGUAUAUCAAUGACAUCACCGAAAGAGGAUUUUGUGUAUUCUCCACACGUCAAGUACUUGGAGCGGCUGUGUGAAGUCAAUGACAAGAUUCUAUGCAACACAGUUAUUGCUCUCACUCAUGCAAACGAGAUGAGGGCUGAAAUGAACAAGCGAAACGAUCUGUCACAAACAAGCCUCCACCAGUUUUUCCAUGAUGAGCUCGAAAGCUGGAAGCUGCAAAUAUCCACGGUACUUGAAAAAUACAUUCAUAUCGACAGUGAAAUCACCAAAAAAAUCCCAGUAGUUCCAGUUGGAAAUUCGAAGCAAGUGAUCGAUCUAUAUCCGAUGACGAAGCUCCUUCCCCAGCCACCCAGUACCAUUGGCUUUCCGAGAUGCUUCUCCUCGCAAUGCCAGCAACAAAAGCAGAAGGAUUGCCUGCUCUUAUCGAAGCUAAUCAACAACGAAUUAGUAGCAGACUAUGUCAUUAUCCAGAUAAUGCUCCCGAACUAAUCAUCAAAGCCAAAUGCUCAAUGUUUUCAAAGGCUGGGCUACAAGAUAAGAAACAGCCAGGAGAGGCGAUCGGUAUGAUCCUAGGAGUUAAAGAAUUAGAACCGGAUCAAACCGAGUAAAUUAACUGCAGUUUUUAGCCUAGUAUCUAACACUAUUCUAUGCAUGCGUGAUAAUAAGAGUGCAGUUUUAAAAUCCAUUUGU